GGACAACUGAUAAUAGCAACGCUUUCGACAACAACGUACGCCAACCCUUUUGACGGACAUGGGAGGUGUCCUCCUCUGUUCCAGCUCAUUUGCCACAGAAUCGAGGACAUUGAUUUAGACGACAGCAAUCACCAUUCAGAUGUUCAUUCAAUACUGUGAUUACAUAAUCAUAAUCUCACUACAAUAAGAUGGCUACAACUUAUUCCAAUCCUAACAUCAGACAACAGCCAUCUGAACUUUUGGUCACUGGAAAUCGCCCAGUGAGUGCGUCAGGUUCCCGACGUAAUCCUUACCAUAAGGUCGGUGGGAGUUCAUCUGUGGACGAAACAUUGUUUGGUCGUCCUUUGCAAGAAGCAACUUUUGAGCCUCCAUGGGUUGAUAAUCCUAGAAACAAUGCAAUCAAACCCAGACCUCAAAAACCUUUACUGUGGACUCCACCAAGUAAUAAUAACAGCACUUGCAGGGUCAAUUCAGGUUUUCGUCCAAAUACCCCAACCCGGUUGUACAACAAGUAUCGACUGAAGAAGCAUACACCGUCAUAUGUUGACGAAUCUUUGUUUGGUCCUAAACUUCAAGAGGCUAAUUUUGACCCUCCGUGGGUCAAGAAAGAAGAGCAACAGAAAACGAAACCUUAUUUAUGGAGUCCACCAGUUUGUGGAAGUCGCUGCACUAUGUCAAGCAGACCUAAUUCAGCUCGGUCCGUUUCAAAGGCAUACACUGGUACUGGCAGCAGGCCUUCGUCUAGAGCUGGCAGUGUCAGAACAUCAACACCAAAGAAUUUACCACCAUGGCGAUAAUACAAUUUUCCGCUUGAAAUCGCUUACAGGACUUUUACUUAAUGCAUUUGUCUGCAUUCACACAAUAUAGCUUUACAGCAGUUAUAAAAAAAUAUACGGACAGAAGAUGACAUUCCAAACACUUUUUUCGUCCAAUCUAGAACUAACAACACCAUUUUAUUGACACGCUCACAACUUAGAGCAAUUCUAUUAUUACACUAAA